AAAAAAAUCAAAUUCGAUAAAUAUUUUUUUGUUGUUAUUUCCCAGUUUGUCCUGGCAAGAAAUAAAAUCAAUCUUUAUUCUUUAUAUAUCCAGAUAUAUAAAUAUAUAUAUGUAUAUGUAUUAGUGAAUGUGUUUGUGCUCGUGCAUUUGUGUGUGUGUAUUCCCCAUUGUGCAUUCCAUCCAUAAAUCUAACAUAACUUGAUCAAAUGACAAGUAUAACAACUAAUUAAUUAAUUGCUAUUUGUAUAUGCACAAUUGCAACGCAAAUAUAACAAAACAACCGAAACAACAACAACAACAAUUAUAAUUACAAUCAAACAACAAUCGAUAACAAACCGAUAAAAACAAAAAACAACAAAAAUGGCGGACAUCAUGCGUCCGCCGUUUAGCGAAAUCAAACGGCCCGACGAAAUUGUCAGAAUGACAACCGCCGAUAACUUGAAAUUUGCCGUCCUCAUCGGACUCAUCGAGGUCGGCCAGGUGACCAAUCGUGAGGUGGUCAAUACAGUUUUACAUUUGCUGGUCGGCGGUGAAUUCGAUAUGGAAUUGAAUUUUGUGAUACAGGAUGCGCAGAAUAUUAAACAUAUGCUCGAGCUGUUGGAUCAUUGUCCGCCCAAUUUGCAGGCUGAAAUCUGGAGCGUGUUCAUUGCGAUUCUGCGGAAGAGCGUACGCAAUCUACAAGCCUGCACAGAUGUCGGACUUAUCGAGCAUGUGCUUGUCCGUCUGCAGCGCUCCGAAACAGUUGUGGCAGACUUACUCAUCGAGAUGCUGGGCGUAUUGGCGAGCUAUAGCAUAACGGUUAAGGAGCUGAAACUGCUCUUUGGCACGAUGAAGGCCAACAAUGGCAAAUGGCCGCGUCAUUCGGCCAAAUUGUUGAAUGUUCUAAGGCAGAUGCCGCAUCGCAAUGGACCCGAUGUAUUCUUCAGUUUUCCGGGACGCAAGGGAUCGGCUAUGGUGCUGCCUCCAUUGGCUAAAUGGCCCUAUGAGAAUGGAUUUACCUUUACCACCUGGUUUCGAUUGGAUCCAAUUAACUCGGUGAACAUUGAACGCGAGAAACCUUAUCUCUAUUGCUUCAAGACAUCGAAGGGAGUUGGAUACACGGCCCACUUUGUGGGUAAUUGCCUGGUCCUCACAUCAAUGAAGGUCAAGGGCAAGGGCUUUCAGCAUUGUGUCAAAUAUGAAUUCCAGCCACGCAAGUGGUAUAUGAUUGCCAUAGUGUAUAUAUACAAUCGUUGGACAAAAAGCGAAAUCAAGUGCCUCGUAAAUGGACAGCUGGCGUCGUCAACCGAAAUGGCCUGGUUUGUUUCCACAAACGAUCCCUUUGACAAGUGCUACAUUGGCGCCACACCGGAAUUGGAUGAGGAGCGCGUCUUUUGUGGCCAAAUGUCGGCAAUUUAUUUAUUCAGCGAGGCGUUGACAACGCAACAGAUUUGUGCCAUGCACCGUUUGGGGCCGGGCUAUAAGUCGCAGUUCCGUUUCGAUAACGAGUGCUAUCUGAAUCUGCCGGACAAUCACAAGCGGGUGAGUCACUUUCAACUAACAACCAGUUUGGGUGGUGCGGGUGGCCUCGAUGUUGCUGCCCCAAUCGGUGGCAGCAUUGCCAGCAGCAUCGCCAGCAGCAGCAGCAGUGGCAACAACAACAACGCAGCCAGUGGCAGCCAGCAACAGCAGACGCAGCAACAACAGCUGCAACAGCAGCAACAGUUGCAGUUGCAGCUGCAAUUUCAAACACUUGCCGCCGAGCAAGAGGCACGUGCCAUUGAUUGGUCCGACGAGCGGCUCGAUUUGAGUGCGGCCUUUGUUAAAAUCCGUGCGGUGUUAACCGCACGCAAUGCGGUGGCACUGGCAGCUCUUACUGGUGGUGCAACAGCAGCAACAUCGACAACAGCAGCAACAACAGCUGUUGCCACAGCGGCUGCAGCAACAGCGCCUGCCACGCCCACAACGCCAGCAGAUAAAAGUCACAGCAACAGUCAGACACAACAACUACAACAACAACUACAACAACAACCACUAAGUGGCAACAACAACAACAACAACAUAACGGAUGAUCCGCUUGGCCAUUUGCCGACUGGAAAUGCUUCUUUUGACAAGCUGCGUCGCAUGUCCAGUGUGACCAGCCUGAGCUCCAUUGGCGGCGUCGCCGUCGCGGGCGACACUGAGGAAAUCAACCAGCUAAAAGCUGUGCUGUACGAUGGCAAACUAUCGAAUGCCAUUGUUUUCAUGUACAAUCCCGUGGCAACCGAUGGUCAACUCUGUUUGCAGUCUUCCCCCAAAGGAAAUGUUUCAUAUUUUGUACACACGCCGCACGCGCUGAUGCUGCAGGAUGUCAAGGCUGUGGUCACGCAUUCCAUACACUGCACACUCAACUCGAUUGGUGGCAUUCAAGUGCUGUUUCCACUCUUCUCACAGCUGGAUAUGGCACACGAGGGCAUUAGCGAUAUCAAGCGAGAUCCAACGCUAUGCUCAAAGCUGUUGGGAUUCAUCUGUGAGUUGGUGGAAACAUCGCAGACGGUGCAACAGCAUAUGAUACAGAAUCGUGGAUUUCUGGUGAUAUCAUUUAUGCUGCAGCGAUCAUCCCGGGAACAUCUGACCCUGGAGGUGCUCGGCUCGUUUCUAAAUUUGACCAAAUACCUGGUCACGUGUCUGUCGGCCAACAGUGAUUUGCUUCUGAAGCAGUUGUUCUGUUUCUCCUUUCUCACGUGGCAGCUGCUCGAUCACGUUCUUUUCAAUCCGGCCUUGUGGAUCUAUACGCCAGCCAAUGUCCAAGCCCGUUUAUAUUCCUAUCUGGCCACCGAAUUUCUCAGCGAUACACAGAUCUAUAGCAAUGUGCGGCGUGUUAGCACCGUUCUCCAAACGGUACACACUCUCAAAUAUUACUAUUGGGUCGUUAAUCCACGCGCCAAAAGCGGCAUUAUACCCAAGGGAUUGGAUGGUCCGCGACCGGCUCAGAAGGAUAUAUUAGCCAUACGCGCCUAUAUUCUGCUUUUCCUCAAGCAACUGAUCAUGAUCGGCAAUGGCGUUAAGGAGGAUGAAUUGCAAAGCAUACUCAACUAUCUGACGACCAUGCAUGAGGAUGAAAACCUGCACGAUGUGCUGCAAAUGCUCAUCUCAUUAAUGUCCGAGCACCCGAGCUCAAUGGUACCUGCAUUCGAUGUGAAGCACGGCGUGCGCAGCAUCUUCAAGCUGCUGGCGGCCGAAAGUCAAUUGAUACGCCUCCAGGCGCUCAAGCUGCUUGGCUUCUUCCUGUCGCGGAGCACACACAAGCGUAAGUACGAUGUCAUGUCGCCGCACAAUUUGUACACACUGUUGGCGGAGCGACUGCUGCUGUAUGAAGAAUCGCUUUCCCUGCCCACAUACAAUGUGCUCUACGAAAUAAUGACAGAGCACAUAUCACAGCAGAUACUGUACACACGUCAUCCGGAACCGGAGAGUCAUUAUCGUCUCGAGAAUCCAAUGAUAUUGAAAGUGGUUGCGACACUGAUACGUCAAUCGAAGCAGACGGAAUCCCUGAUUGAGGUCAAGAAGCUGUUCCUGCAGGACAUGACGUUGUUGUGCAACAGCAAUCGGGAGAAUCGUCGCACUGUCCUCCAGAUGUCCGUCUGGCAGGAAUGGCUGAUUGCCAUGGCCUACAUACAUCCGAAGAAUACGGAGGAGCAGAAGAUUAGCGAUAUGGUCUACUCACUUUUCCGCAUGCUCCUACAUCAUGCGGUCAAGCACGAGUAUGGAGGCUGGCGGGUUUGGGUCGACACUCUGGCCAUUGUCCACUCGAAGGUCUCCUACGAGGAGUUCAAGCUGCAGUUUGCCCAAAUGUACGAGCACUACGAGCGACAGCGUACCGAUAACAUCACCGAUCCUGCCCUCCGUCAAGCCCGUCCCAUCAGCACCAUUAGCGGCUGGGAGCGCGAGGAGUUGCAACAACAACAGAACGGUCCGUCGGUAGCCGCUCAGCAACAGGUGCCGGCUAUCGAGAGUGCCGCCUCCAUAGCCUCACUCGAAGAUGUGCCGCCAGUGGAGGAGGAAGCCGAGGAGCUACAACAUUCCGGCGAUGUGGUAGCCGCUACCACAAACGAGUCCUGCGUCUGUGCCACCAAUGGUGAGACGGCCGAAACGGAGACAGUUUCAGUGGAGUCAGAGGUGGAGGUGGAGGUCGAGAUGGAGACAGAGAUGGAGUUGGAGACGGAGACGGAGCCGGAGCCAGCCAACAAAUCGGUAAUUGCCAACAUUUCCGAUGUGUACAAUGAGCAAAUCAAAACGGAUGAAGCGCUACAGGCGUCACCCGCUAACGCACCCACCUGCAAUGGCAGCCUUAGUCCCAGUCUCAGUCCGGAGUCUCAGCCCGGAGAGCCGGCAACCUCAGGCGGUGGCCAAGCGGCGCUCAAGGAGACGCUGCAGAUUAGCGAGGACAUGGAGGAGCUGGAAUUGGCCACAGCCAAGGAUGCACUCGAUGUGGAAGAGCAUGUGGCAAGUGUAUUACAAGAGUCCGAAGCGGCAUUGAAUGACUGCAAAAUGGUCGUGGAUGAGGCGUUGCAAGAGUCCUCAUCGGUGCUCAAGGACGAGGAGAUUGAGCUGGCCGUCAAUGAGGUGGUUCAGGGUGUGCUUAAGAGUGAGAAGAAGACACCGACGCAGGAUAAUGUGAGUCUGCUCAACAGCAAGAACUUGCUCAACAAUAAUAACAAUCCCAGCGAGGAAGAGCAGCAGAAGGAAAAGAAGACCGACAAUGAAAUGAUAAAGGAGCAGCCAGAGAAGAGAGCCGAAGAAAUGGAGGUGAAUGCCAAUGAGCUAACCAGCGAGGAGAAAUCCAAUCCCGUCAAGGAAUCAACAACAACAACGACGACGACGACAAAGCAAAUCGAGAAGCAGGAGAAUGUGAAGGAGUCAGAAAAGACAGAAAGGCAGGAAUCAAAUACAGCAACAGCAGCAAGCAAUCAAAAGACUGAAGAUGCCGUGGCCAAUAAGCUGAACAACAACGAGAAGCUCGAGCCUAACCCAGAGUCAGAGACUCCAGCCCUCGAGUCGGAAGUGAGCUCAUCCCUGAGCACAACUAUCGAGAGCAGCGAAGAGAUCACAGCGUCCCUAAGUACCGUCAGUCCGGUGGCAAACGAAGCACAGUCGGAGCUGGAUGGACAGCAGUUGGAACAGCCGGAGGAUGUGGUUGCCAGCGCUGUGCGUGAUAUUGUCGAGCAGCUGAUCGAUAAGGUUAUCGAUGCUGCCGAGAAGGAAGCCAAAGCAGAAAACAAUGCGGAAACUGAAACCAACAACAACGAGCUGCCACAAAAGGAAGCACAAACACAGUCGGAAGCAGAGAAAGAGACAGAGAAAGUGAAAGAUCCGGAAAUUGAGCAGGAACAGGAACAGGAGCAGGAAAGUGUUGCGACUGCCGCCAAAGAAAUUGUUCAUGAAGUUGUGGAAGCGGCUCUAGAUCUAGCUCAAGCUCAAUCACAAUCACAAGCUCAAACCCAAAUUGAAAUACUGCCGGCAGAGCCCGAGCUGGAAAGCAAGGAUCAUGUGUCGGAGAUUGUCAACGAAGUGCUCGAUACGCUUGUCGAGCAAACCGUCAAGGCUGUGGCCGCCGAGCAGACGACACAGACAACGCCAACACCGGAAAAUCAACCCGAACCGGAGACAGAACCUACGCCCGUAACGACACCAGCUCCGGCUGUCGUACGCGUCAAGCCCACCGAAGUGGACUCUACCACGCAGACGACGCCAAAGAACGAGGCGGAUGUGCACAAGGCAAUCGAGGAUCUGCAGGAAGUUGACGAGGAUGUUCAGGAUGCGGGCGCAGUCGAUGUCGAUGACGAUGACGAUGACUAUGCCGGACAACAAGCGACAACGUCCCCAACGACAGUCGAUAACGAGGGCACAGCCCAAAUGGAAGGUAAUCACUACGCGGGUGGUGCCACUGCAGCUGGCAAUGCUGAGGCUGGCAAACAGCAGCGUUCCAAGUCGGGAUCAACGCGUCCCAUGUUCAGUCCGGGUCCGACACGUCCACCGUUUCGCAUACCGGAAUUCAAGUGGUCCUACAUCCAUCAGCGACUGCUCAGCGAUGUGCUCUUCUCGCUGGAGACGGACAUUCAGGUGUGGCGCAGCCAUUCCACCAAAAGUGUCCUCGACUUUGUCAACUCCAGUGAGAAUGCCAUCUUUGUGGUCAACACGGUGCAUCUGAUAUCCCAGCUGGCCGAUAAUCUAAUCAUUGCAUGUGGCGGACUUUUGCCGCUUCUGGCCAGCGCCACAUCUCCCAACUCGGAGCUGGACGUGCUGGAGCCUACGCAGGGCAUGCCCCUCGAGGUUGCAGUCUCGUUCCUGCAGCGUCUCGUCAACAUGGCCGAUGUGCUGAUCUUUGCCACCUCGCUGAACUUUGGCGAACUGGAGGCCGAGAAGAACAUGUCCAGCGGUGGCAUCCUCCGUCAAUGCCUUCGACUCGUCUGCACCUGUGCCGUUCGCAACUGUCUCGAGUGCAAGGAGCGCACACGCUACAAUGUCGGCUCCCUCGCACGUGAUGUGCCCGGUGCGGCGCAUCUCCAGGCGCUCAUCCGUGGCGCCCAAGCAUCUCCAAAGAACAUUGUGGAGUCAAUCACUGGUCAAUUAUCACCCGUCAAGGAUCCUGAGAAGUUGCUCCAGGACAUGGACGUCAACCGAUUGCGCGCAGUCAUCUAUCGCGAUGUGGAGGAAACGAAACAGGCACAGUUCCUAUCGCUGGCCAUCGUCUACUUUAUAUCGGUGCUGAUGGUAUCCAAAUAUCGUGACAUACUGGAACCGCCCGCAGAGCCGCAGAUACAACGCCAAUCUCCAGUGCUGCAGCGCAGCUCGGGAAGCGAAGCCGCCAGUGCACGUCCCUUGUUCCCACAAUGGUCGCAUCACGUCUAUCCACAAUUUUUGCCCGAGUCGCAUCAAAAUCAUGUUGCCGCCGCCUCCAUGCAACAGCAGCAGCAGCAACAACAACAGCAGCAGCAGCAGCAGCAACAACAUUACUAUCAACAUCAGCAACAUAAUCACAGUCAUCAUCAUAUGGCUGCUGCAUAUUAUCAGCAUCAACAGCAGCAACAUGCCACGUCUCAGCAGCAGCAGCAGCAACAACAACAACAGCAGCUGGGCAACAUUUCACCACCGCCACCACUUGGCACACAUUCCACCAGCUCGUCGGCCAGCUCGUCAGCAACAUCGCAGCCAGCUUCAAGUUCAUCGCUGUCGAGUCUUGCCUCACAGAGUCAGCAACAGUUGCCGCCAACAGCAACACUGCAGCGUCAGCAACAGCAGCAGCUGCACAAGCAUCAGCAGCAGCAGCAGCAACAUUAUCAUUCACAUCAGCCACACUAUGCGCUGAUCAAUGGUCACCAGCAGCAACAGCAGCAACAGCAACAGCAACAGUUGCUCAACGGCAAGCACAAUCAUUAUGGACAAUUGGAGAACGGCAGCAACACUGGCUAUCAUCACACGCAUCCGCAUGCUGCCUAUAUGCGAAAUGUGGCAAUUAAUGGAGAGCAACAGCAGCAACAGCAACAGAAUGGUCUGGGACAGGAGCAACAUCAUGUUGUUGGUGGUGCUGCUGUUGUGGGAUUGCUCAAUGGGCAUGCCAGCAGCAAUGGCAAUAGUGCCAACAGCAACAGCAAUAACAAUAACCACAACAACAACAACAUCGCCAACAGCAACAGCAACAAUAUGCGCAACCUGCGAAAUGGACACGUUGCUGCCACAGCAACAGCAACAGCAACUGCUGCCGCUGCUGCUGCUGCUGCCGCUGGCGGAGCUGGAGGCGGUUGCAUCAACAUGGGCAUGAAUAUGGGCAUGAACAUGGGCAUGGCUAUGAACAUGCCCAUGGGCGUCGGUGUGGGCGUGGGCGUGGGCAUGGGCGUGGCAUUGAACGAUGGCGUCGGCGGCGCUGCAUAUAAAACGAAUGCCAUCAAUAAUAAUUAUCGCUACAAUGGACGCAAUGCUGGCACUGGAACAGGAGGCCGUCAGAUACAGGACAGCGAUUAUGAGAUCAUUGUUGUCGAUGAGAACAAUCCCUCCGUGCUGGCGGACAAUGAUUCCCACUCGAGUGGACCACCAUCCAUAAAGGCUCAUAACAACAACAAUAACAACACAAAGACAGCAACAGUAACAACAACAACAACAACAGUACCAACAACUGCAACAACAACAACAACUGUAAAAUCAACAACAACAACAACAACAAGCAAAGAUACUAUCAAAAUUCAACAACAACCAUUGUCACCACCAAAGCCAAUACUCCCACAAAAGUUGCCAAAGAGCGUUGAUUCGGAUGUGGGAUCCUUGAACAUGAACUCGACCGAGAAUGAGGUGCCCGAGGUGGAAUCCUCCAGCGAUAUUCUGGCCGAUGAGCAUAAGCCGAGCAACUCGAAUGACGAGAGCUGGACGGAUGUGAAUUUGAAUGAGGAUGCAGCUGUCCAGGCGGCGGCAAGUGCUGGUCUCGUUGUGGGUCUUGUGGAUGCCAACGAUGCUGUCAAGCACGAGCAUCAGCAACAUGCACAGCAGCAACAGCAACAACAGCAGCAACAACAGCAACAACAGCAACAACAGGGUUCAGGUCUGGGCAUGAUUGUUGGUCCAGAGCGUGGCGAUAAACCGGAUUCGGAAAUAUCGGUGGUGCGUGUGCCAGAUGGCUAUGGAGUUGGUGGUGCCACCACAGUGGCCAGCAGUGGCGGCAAUGCCUCCACAAUGGCCACCACAGCUGGCGGUCAACAACAGCAGCGUUCGCGACCCGAUGAGUUGCCAAUGAAGCCACCAGCCCUGGUUGCCCAGCUGCCAUUGACGACGCCGUCGAGGGAGGCAAGUCUCACACAGAAACUGGAGAUUGCCUUGGGUCCAGUGUGUCCACUGUUGCGUGAGAUCAUGGUCGACUUUGCGCCCUUCCUCUCAAAGACUUUGGUCGGUUCACAUGGCCAGGAGCUGCUGAUGGAGGGCAAGGGUCUGACCACAUUCAAGAACUCGCAUUCCGUUGUCGAGCUGGUGAUGUUGCUCUGCUCCCAGGAGUGGCAGAACAGUCUGCAGAAGCACGCCGGACUCGCCUUCAUCGAGCUGAUCAACGAGGGUCGUCUGCUCUCCCAUGCGAUGAAGGAUCACAUUGUGCGUGUGGCCAAUGAGGCGGAAUUCAUACUGAAUCGCAUGCGGGCCGAUGAUGUCCUGAAGCAUGCGGACUUUGAGUCGCAGUGUGCCCAGACAUUGCUGGAGAGGCGGGAGGAGGAGCGCAUGUGCGAUCAUCUGAUCACAGCAGCCAGGCGCAGGGACAAUGUCAUUGCCAGUCGUCUGCUGGAGAAGGUCAGGAACAUCAUGUGCAAUCGUCAUGGUGCCUGGGGCGAGGCCAAUGGCAUCGGCAUGACCAUGACCAUGGGCAUUGGCAUGGGAUCGCAGUUGGCGCUGCAGAAGAGCACCUACUGGAAGCUGGAUGCCUGGGAGGAUGAUGCGCGACGUCGCAAGCGCAUGGUUCAGAAUCCAAGGGGCUCAUCCCAUCCACAGGCCACACUCAAGGCGGCCCUGGAGAACGGUGCACCCGAGGAUGCGAUUCUACAGACACGCGAUGAGUUCCACACUCAGAUUGCAGUCUCGCGAUCGCAUCCAUCGGCGCAGCACAACAGCGAACUGCUCGAUGAUGCCGAGCUGUUGAUCGAGGAUCGGGAACUGGACUUGGAUCUGACAGGGCCGGUGAAUAUCAGCACCAAGGCGCGUCUGAUAGCACCUGGCUUGGUGGCACCCGGCACCGUUUCGAUAACCAGCACGGAGAUGUUCUUUGAGGUGGACGAGGAUCAUCCGGAGUUCCAUAAGAUCGAUGCGGAGGUGUUAAAGUAUUGCGAUCACCUGCAUGGCAAAUGGUAUUUCUCCGAGGUGCGUGCGAUCUUCUCCCGUCGCUAUCUGCUCCAGAAUGUGGCACUCGAGAUCUUUCUGGCCAGUCGCACCUCCAUUCUGUUCGCCUUCCCCGAUCAGCAUACGGUCAAGAAGGUGAUCAAGGCACUGCCUCGGGUCGGAGUGGGCAUCAAGUAUGGCAUUCCACAGACACGUCGCGCCUCGAUGAUGUCGCCCCGCCAGCUGAUGAGGAACUCGAACAUGACACAGAAGUGGCAACGUCGCGAGAUCUCCAACUUUGAGUACUUGAUGUUCCUCAACACGAUUGCGGGUCGAACGUACAACGAUCUAAAUCAAUAUCCCAUCUUUCCCUGGGUCCUCACCAACUACGAUUCCAAAGAUCUUGAUCUUAGUCUACCCUCCAACUAUCGCGAUCUAUCGAAACCGAUCGGUGCACUGAAUCCAUCGCGUCGUGCAUACUUUGAGGAGCGCUACGAGAGCUGGGAUAGCGAUACCAUACCUCCAUUCCAUUAUGGCACCCACUAUUCAACCGCUGCCUUCACCCUCAACUGGCUGGUGAGGGUUGAGCCCUUUACGACCAUGUUCCUUGCCCUUCAAGGCGGCAAAUUCGAUUAUCCCGAUCGUUUGUUCUCCUCGGUCUCGUUGAGCUGGAAGAACUGCCAGCGGGACACGUCGGAUGUGAAGGAGCUGAUACCCGAAUGGUAUUUCCUGCCCGAAAUGUUCUACAACUCAUCGGGCUAUCGGCUGGGACAUCGCGAAGAUGGCGCCCUCGUUGAUGACAUCGAAUUGCCGCCGUGGGCGAAAAGUCCCGAGGAGUUUGUGCGCAUCAAUCGCAUGGCCCUGGAAUCGGAGUUUGUCUCCUGUCAGCUGCAUCAGUGGAUCGAUCUGAUAUUCGGUUACAAGCAGCGUGGACCCGAGGCAAUUCGGGCCACCAACGUGUUCUAUUAUCUCACCUACGAGGGCAGCGUCGAUCUCGAUGGUGUCCUUGAUCCGGUGAUGCGUGAAGCGGUCGAGAAUCAAAUACGCAACUUUGGACAGACGCCAAGUCAACUGUUGAUGGAGCCACAUCCACCACGCAGCUCGGCGAUGCAUCUAUCACCGAUGAUGUUCAGUGCCAUGCCCGAGGAUCUCUGUCAGAUGCUCAAGUUCUAUCAGAACUCACCGGUCAUCCACAUCUCGGCCAAUACGUACCCGCAGCUGUCGUUGCCCUCGGUGGUCACUGUGACGGCGGGUCAUCAAUUUGCCGUGAAUCGAUGGAACUGCAAUUACACCGCAUCCGUCCAGAGUCCCAGCUAUGCUGAAUCACCUCAAACGCCGGGCUCCAAUCAACCGCUGACAAUCGAUCCAGUUUUGGCUGUGCAUGGCACCAACAACAACAGCAAUGCGGUCAGUCGUCGACACUUGGGCGAUAACUUUAGCCAAAUGCUGAAAAUACGCUCCAAUUGCUUUGUGACCACCGUCGACAGCCGUUUUCUGAUUGCCUGCGGCUUCUGGGACAACAGUUUUCGUGUGUUUGCCACCGAAACGGCGAAAAUCGUGCAAAUUGUGUUUGGUCACUUUGGCGUUGUCACCUGCAUGGCCCGAUCCGAGUGCAACAUUACAUCGGACUGUUAUAUUGCCUCCGGCUCGGCUGAUUGCACUGUUUUAUUGUGGCACUGGAAUGCCCGUACCCAAAGCAUUGUCGGUGAGGGAGACGUACCAACGCCACGUGCCACAUUGACAGGUCACGAGCAGGCUGUCACCUCGGUGGUCAUCAGUGCCGAGCUGGGACUCGUUGUAUCCGGUUCAACGAAUGGUCCCGUGCUUAUACACACUACCUUUGGCGAUUUGCUGCGCUCGCUGGAUCCACCCGUUGAUUUCCACUCGCCGGAGUUGAUAACCAUGUCGCGCGAGGGCUUCAUUGUCAUCAACUAUGACAAGGGCAAUGUGGCUGCCUACACGGUGAAUGGCAAGAAGCUGCGCCAUGAAACGCACAACGACAAUCUGCAGUGCAUGCUGCUCUCGCGCGAUGGCGAGUAUCUGAUGACAGCUGGUGAUCGAGGUAUUGUCGAGGUGUGGCGCACCUUCAAUCUGGCCCCACUCUAUGCCUUCCCCGCCUGCAAUGCGGGCAUACGUUCCCUCUCGCUCACUCACGAUCAGAAAUAUUUGCUGGCUGGUUUGUCAACUGGUUCAAUAAUUGUAUUCCAUAUUGACUUCAAUCGCUGGCAUCACGAGUAUCAACAGCGCUACUAAGCGACUCGUCACUCGCUCGUUUCGCAUUCCACGUUCCACAUUCCACAAUCCAUGUCAACGCAAUAACAAAACAGCUGAAUUAAAUGUGAGAUCGGGAAAGAAAGAGAGAGAGAGAGAGAGCAGGCAAGUAAAAGAGAGCGGCAAAAAAAGUACUUAAGUGAAAGAUAAAGAGAAAGUGAAACAACAGGAGAAAGGCAUACAAGGAGAACGAAAGAAAAUUCGUUGUUCAAUGUUUGUUUGUUUGUUUUUUGUAUGUUUUUUUUUUUUUUAAUUUUUUUCUUAUCAAUAGACAUUACAAACACUAGACAAAUAAGCAAAAAAAAAAAAAAAUAAUAUUUUUUUUUUCUCUAGCAUUACUUAUGAUAAUAGCAUAUUAAUUAGUGCUCGUAUGUUUGGUGUGAGCCAGUCAAAAAACAAAAUUUUUUUUACUAGUUAUACGGCGUGUAGUAUAUGUAUUAAGUUACGGACGAAACGAUAUGAAAACAAAAUAUAAAAAGAAACACAAAAUGAUGAUGAAAACGAUGAAAAUUAAACACACACACAAGCAAUUUCCCGGCUUAAGUUGAGUAGUUUUAAUAAAUGGAAUGAGAAACGACAAGUUAGUGUUUAUAAAACGCAAUAAGCAGUUCAUUAAAUCUUAAAAAAAAAUAAUAAUAAUAAUAAUACAAAUAAUAAUAAUACAAAAAAUUACGUAGCAAAAGUUCUCACAAAUAUAGAAACGCUUGAAAUGGAACGAAACGAAAAAGAAACAAAAUGAAACUAAGCGGCCAAAUGAAAGACAACAAAAGAAAAGAAAAAAAGAAAGACAGGUUGAUAAGAAUGAGAGAGAAGCCAAUUUUUAACAAUGUUUGCGAAGCUUGUGACGUCACAAGUGACACAGAAAACUGUUCACAAAUUAAGAAGGUAAUCAAAUAUACAAAUAUAGUACAUGCACAUAUGCAUAUGACAAAGCAUAAAUGAUACUGAAAAAAACAAACAAUUAAAAAAAACCUUAAGACCGAUUAAUUAUGACAAUGCCAAGGCAAUAAAUGCUAAAUCUAAAGAAAAGCAAAUUAAAAAAGAGAAACAUAACUAAAGAAUAAAAAGAAAAGAAAGCGAUAAGAGAGAAGAGCAGAAUUAACUCGAGGUGAAAGGUUUGCGAUUAGCGCAGAAUACGCGAUAUUUUAAUAAAAGAUAAAAAAAACUAGUUAAAAAAUGCAACUAACUCAAGCUAAAUAAAAAUAAUUUACCAACACUGCUAAAAGCUAAAUUAUAAAUACUAAAACAAAAGCAGGCAUAAUACAUAUAAUUAAAUAAUAUAUAAAUAUGAAUACAAUAUGCAACUUAGCAAAUGUGGCUAAACACGAAUGAAGCUAGCAAAUAAGACGCAUACGCCGCAUUGCACAGCACAGCACAGCAACCUCCCUACAACACUAUAUUUUGUGUAUUUUUUUCUCAACGUUUUGCAACACUUUUUCAAUUGCGUCCAAAGUAAAGAAAACGAAUUCGAAAGAAACAAGUUGUUUUUUAGCUUUAAAUUCGGUUCGUUUGCUUCAAAAAACCUUAAAAACCCUUCCUUAAAACCUUAAACAUGUACGUCCAAAACUUAAAUUUAGACAAGCUCAUGCCUGUCCUUGAUUAAGAUUAUAUAUGUAUGCUAUAUAAUGCUUAUGGCUGUCUGUAAGACACAAACAAAAUGAAAAAUUAGAAGAACUAAACGAAGGCGCUGCAAAUGUAAUUGGAAAAGAAAAUGAAGUUGAUCUUCCUUCUGGCUUAAGCAGGCGCAUAUCAUCAAUUGAUUCUUGUUAUUAUUAUUAUAAUCAUUAUUGAUUUUGAUCGAAAGAGAAUAAACCCAUAUAUAUAUAUAUAUACAAAUAUUUACUAUUCCCCCAAAGUCCAUCCAAGUCGCCAUCGCACUUUCGCUUAGUUUUGUACAUACAACUAGGACAUAUUAAUACACGGCCCCAAAACACCCCCACACACCCUUACACAUACAUACGCAAAGUACUUCAAGUAGAACAUGAACAUUCGGUUGUAAUAUUGGCCCCCCAUUCUGAAGGCCACAAUCAAAGUAAGCCCAAAAAAAAAAA